UUACCUCUUUAUUAUAUUAGUAUGAUUUAUUUUUUUUAUAAUAAAAGGUGAUUUUUCUUUAAAAAAGCACUGAAAUAAUUUGCACACCUUAGAACGAUCUUUUUACAACAAUUUGGAAUGAUGCAGCACGAGUAUCUCGAGUCGCUCAAAGCAAGCGAGAUAAUUAACUCCUGAAAACGAAUAAUAGAUCAUUUGCAUGGACCGAUAUUUGACAGUCUUGGAAGAUUAUUCCACGACAAGAAGGCACAUAACAUGCGCGUAUCUUGGUAACAUUCUUGGAUGUGUGCGUUAUGAUCUGUCGUGCGCACUACGCGACGUUAUGCAUGCAAAAUUGGAAUUGUUUCCUGCGAUUAAAUUACAUGAGGCGCCGUAACAGUUUAACCCGUGAUUUCUUAAACGUCACGUACGGUGAUCACGUCGCGGCGACUUGACGCGAUUAUCUUCGCGUUGUAAACGAUAUUUCUUCGAGGCAAUCGAACGGUUCACAUUUCGAUUAAAUGAAAUGUGAGAUAAACGUAUAGCCUUGUAACACUAAAGAUCAUCUAAUUUGGAGUUUUAUCUGUUUGACAGAAAAUUCCCCCCUUCCUCUUUCUCGACGUUCUCGCGACUGCGAAGAUUUCUGUACGCGACUAAAGCACGGUUGCGGGUGCGACCGAGUCGUUGAAGUGACGAGUAUAUGCCGUCGGUCCGUGCGACAGUAUCAGUCGGCAGAUUGAGACACUGACAGAGCGCAAGCGCGACUGCACUUUCGCCCCAUUUUCACCCCGUGGGGGAUGAACAUCGCGCCGACGAGAUCGAGCCGCGAGACCGCGGAAGAAAGGAAACGCGAGACAACGGCGUCACUUUCUUCUAUCCUCUUGUCGGUGUUUCUUCCCUGUUUCCCACGAAACUGCGAAAUCUCCGACGCACCUGUUUAGUUAUCAUUUUAUGUUUCCGUUGUUUCAUCUAUCUCUCCUUUUUCGUGGACGACAUGACGACGCGUCGACGAAUUUUCUCUUGAGUUUCUUUUCUUUUUUCAAAGGCUCUAUUCAUCACCGAAGCAUUAUGAACGCAAUUCCAUCUGUUUAUAUAAUUAGGAACUGACGAUCGAUCGUUUUAUUACUCUGACGAAAUUUUGUAUGGAAUGAGACGUUGGUGUCGUCGGUCGAAUCUGUUUCAUCGAAUCGCUGAUUAUGUAUGGAACAAAUCCAGGAAUCUGGCAAUGCGACAAACAGAGCGGAAAGACGAGCGAAAGAAAUCAUGAGAAGAAGGCAGAACGAAAAGGAAAAAGGCGAAUGGAAUGAUCUCACAAAUCAGCGAGAAACGGCAUCGACAUCUCGAUCACCCGCCUUCGUCCCUUCUCUCGUUUGCGACUUGUUCCUUCUUUUUGUCUUCUCUCGGGUAUUCUUUCCGUUACAUGCACGUACAAGCUAACCGGAAACAGGACGGAAAAUAUCGCGCGUAAAAAAUGAGAGAACUGCGAGUAACAGUGCCUCUCGCUAUCUUCGCCGCCUCGCUCGUCGCUACCGACAGUUUCGUUGGUUUCGUUGGUUCCAACAGAAGAGGAGGCACUCCGAUCCGAAAAAUAUGCUCGAUGGAGCAUACACCAGCCGGAAGUAACGCACGAAGCUUGGUCCGCUAUGAAAAUUGCAUUUGUGUCCCGCGGACGUUUUAUCCCUCGGUCUGCGACCGAGGCAAAAAUCCGCGCCGAACUUUCGAUAACGGGCUGACAGAUCCAACAGGGAGAGAGAGAGUGUGUGUACUCGUCGCGUUGGACAGGAAGGAACGUGAUCCAAUCAGGUUUUUGACGUUUCCAUUGACUUUACGUACACAGACUCGGGAGCGAAGCUACCGCUAGCUGUUCCAUUGCGCAGCGGCGAUGUUAUUCUACCCCCCACGUUGUACCACAUGUAACAGAUUAAAUUAUAUUAAAAAUGGAGCGAAAGUUUCUGUAUUUUGUUUUAUUCGCAUUGAAUAAUUUAUUCCGUCCGCGUUUAAUCUUACAACGCUGUUUUUCACAAUUUUGAUGUCAUAUCGCACGUAAACAUCCGUCAAUUGUCUUUCGCGCAUUUUUGUUAACGGCGAGGAACAUACUUCCUCGCAUGCCAUAUUUUUCUCGGGCUUUACCGGGAGCACAGCGCGGCGCACAUUUUUACUUAUCUUUAUUACGGCUACGAAUCGGCUUCGUAUUUUUACAGUUGGCCUUCAAGUCGUUCGCGGCUCGUAUAUCUGUAACGUAAACGUCGAUAGCCGGAGCCAGCGGCGUCAUCGUAAACGUUUACAAUCGACCUUCGAUCGUAUACCCUGGCUCGUUUACUUCGCGGCCGCUGUUCGGCACGUACGCGCGGGAUGCCUCGAGGAGGAAAACAGUCGACGGAGUAGCAACGAAGAUAAUCGGUUGCCGCUUUGUAUCUCGCGAUGCAACGAAGAGGCUGCACGAGGACUCCGCUUCCUUUCUCUCCCUCUUCUCCAAGCGCAUUCGCCUCCAUCGCCUGAGGAUUCAACGAAAGCCGAUGUGAUGUCAUUUCUUAUCUCGAGAGAUCAUCUUACGUUAACAGAGUUACAUUACGUGGUCGUUACGUUUGUUCACGUAUACGUUGACACGAUUUUCGGUGCUACGUCGUUCUCCCGCUGGACAAACGACGCUCCUGUUACGUGGAUCCGCAUCAGCUCAUUUCGAAAGUAACCGCAACCUCGGUUUCGAAAUGUCACGAAUCUUUUAAUCGGUCGCAGUUGUAAACUGCGCUGCCGCACUUUAAUGAUAAUAAGAUUUCGUUUGCAAAUACACUUAGAAAAGUAAACGUAUAAAAGGAACUCAAAUAGGAUUCUCGAAUUCUCAAUACCAGCUGAAUGAAAAGGAGAGAACGUUCAACGGCGUAGGUAGCGUCAUUUAUUGUGAGAGAUCGCCUUUAUGGCGCCACGUUAGACUUUUAAUUAAAAGCCUCGGCGUCCUGCGCUGUCCCGGUAUUAUCGUCACGUUCCUGUGGGUCGUUUGCGUGCCAUCCACCAAUUUUACUUCUCAUUUACAGAAUGUACCGGGCGUCCGCGAUCGCGAGUAACAUCUGCAUCGCAAUUAGCCGCCCGUCAUUCAGUGGACUUUUCCAUUCUGCGUGGUGUGCGUCUCGCCAUCUAAUUAUCUAUCGACAAAUAAUCGCCUUCCUAUCGAUUACAUUAGCAUCAAAGAUUCGCGGUUAAUUGCGCGUAUUGCACGAUCAAAAGUUCCGCAUGUAUAUGUAUAUACGUGUGGAUUAAGCACGAAGAAACGCCUGACCAAAAUUUUAUCGGUCGAUUUUUCGCCUUGAAGUCUGAUUGCUCCUUGGAUCAUUGCAAUCGUAUUCUCAUGCAAUGAAACGUUAUAGUGCGCACUCGACGCACUCGACAUACGUGCGCCGAUCAUAUCGAAUUGGAUGAGAACCACUGGGAUGGAUUUGUAGUAACUGCAAGCGGAGCGAUACAGAUGCGUCGUCGUCGUCGCGUUCGCUCGGCCGCUCGCUUGCGCCCCAGCGCGCCCGCUUCCGCGCCUGAUCCUCAUUGAAUCUCGACGCAACUGCGAAGCACCGUGAUGACGCAACGACGGCCAAGUGGAGGAGGAGAAGGAGAUCGUGCAAGUAUACGAGCGACGUGUCGCGCGAUUGCGCCUGUGUGAAAAGCUCCGUACGGGAGACCUUUAAGUCGCUCUUGCGACUGUGCCGCUUUCCGCGAAUUGUUUCGUUUUCUUCAACUCGAUUGCUUUAAGAAUGCAUUUGAAGAUAAUUUCGCGUUAGGAACUGAUCGGGCGUAUUUCUUCGAAAUAAUUACAUCAUAAUAUCAUUGUGAUAAUAUUGAAUUAGCGUAGUUGUUUGAUAUUAUCCUAAUGAAAAAUCCAAAUGCGAUAGAAAGGAAUAGAUGUAACAACGAUCUCUGCGCUCGCACACUUAUCUCUAAACACCUACCGAAAAAAAGCCGUUAUCUCGUGGUACCGCAAGAAAAUUAUUGCAAUUAGAAGCACGCCUGAGCGAUGCGAGGAAUUACGCUGUAACGAUAAUUCGCGCGAUUAAAACGGCGUUCUGCUGUGUACGGCAUCAUACACCGACUAUGUUUCGCAGCGUGUACUAUCGGAGCGAUAUACACCGGUCGUACGCAGUUACGGUACACCCACAGUAGUUAGAGCGAGGAGCGGGUUGGAGGGACAGGGAGAAGGAACUAAGGUUCGUUCUAGAAGCCGCAGAGUCGGGUGGCAUCGGGCGGCGUACGCGGCGUCGGUGGCGACGGCGAAACGACGGUGGAGGAGCGGCCUCUCGGGCACCGAGUCGAAGCGAGUCAGGCACGGUGCAGAGUCGCGAUCGCAUCACCAAAGAAUAGUGCUUUGCCGGGUCGGAGAGGACGAGAAAGAAAGAGAGAGAGAGAGAGAGAGGGCGGAAUAAAGCGAAGCCGACCGAACGUGGCCGACGCGCCGCCGCCGCGCGUGCCUCUCGACGAGAGGGACCAAGCCUCCCGGCGGUCGCGACGCACGUAGUCAGUGGCUGACGACUACUCGGAGCGUCAGGUUCUCCAUAUUGGGGGGACGUCGUCGCUUCGCGUCUCCUGGCGAGCCACGUGCGCAGCGUGACAGCUCGUCGUCGUUGUGUUGUCGUCGUCGUCGACGUCAUUGUUGUUGUUAUUGUUGUUGUUGUUGGUAUCGUCGUCAGUGCGGCGACAACACGAGCGGGAAAACAUUCUCGGCGCGGCGAGAGACGCGAUUCGUCCCGCUGUAACAACUGUAGCUCGACGGGUUCGCGCGUGCUUCUUACAAGAUCGAUCUCCCGUGUCUCAAUCGAUGAUCACCCGCGUCAAGCGGAAGAGGUAGUUGUGAGAUGCAGCGUGAUAAGCGAUACAUCGAUUAGCGACUGUCGAUUUUAACGGCUCACAAUGGAUGCUCGAGAACGCGUUGAGACACACACACAUCCAGUAAAGCGAUGAAUAGAAUGGUCAUAAUGAACUGAAUUGGAGCACUACAUGAAAUUAGACUCCCGAAACUCUAAUGAUACACAAAUGGUUAUGGUCAAAAAAAUGAAACAACGCAUCAGCUUUUUAAAUGUUAUUAAGUACAAAUAAAAGCGAGACAUUUUUUGUGCGAUUAGAUCCACAGACGUAUUAAAAUAUAUAAUAUUAUCAAUUUAUCGCAGUAACUUUGGUUACAUAUUCUGACCGCUUAUCAUGAAACGAGUCUUUCGUUAGCAACUCUUAUCGGACUAGGAGAGAACAAGCUGAUUGUACAGCGUAAAUAUUACGAAUACAGAAAUCUCCCGAUCAUAGAAAUCGAUUUAUCAUGCAAACGAAUUAUGAUGCACUAUAGCCGAGAUAGCACCGCUGUGACUCGCGUGAUGUGCUCGGUUGGCAUACCGCUAUAAGCUUCGAAGAUGAUGUUCGCACGACCAUACAGUCUCAAGUAACGAAAGUGAAACUUUAAAGUAGCAAGAAUGCAACGCAGACGCAAGUUACACACGUGAAAAAAGAAAGAAGAGAAAAAGAAAGAAAACAAGACAAAAGGGGUAGAAAAGGGAGGAAAAAGGCACUUUUGGAUAUACGGAAGGACGGAAAAACGCAGCGAUCGAACAACGAAACGAAGACGAAAGACAAGCAAAACAAAAGAUAAAGAGGAAAGAAGAAAGAGAAGCCGAGAGACGAGAAAGGAAAGAGUAACGGCGGAUCGAGGGAAGAGAGCGGAAACGCGCAGAGGGAGAGAUAGAGAUUUCUGGGCACGCGCACUCCACCUGCUAGCGUGUAGUGGCACGCGCCAUACUCACCUCACCUCCUCCCUGCCACCCUCGUCGUCACUCACGCUGCUGCUACCGCCGCCACCGCUUCCACCUCAGUACUCUCCCAUCCACCCUCCCAAUCCGUCCUCUCUGUCUCGCGCGCGCCCUCCCGGCCCUACCGUAGCGGCCGUCGCUUCUCUUGCCCUCCCCUCCCGCGAAAAUCCCCUCCCGUGUUCCUCUCUCACGCGUGCCGCGGCCACGAAGAGACCGGGACGCGCGGGAGUCAAUCGCUCGCGGUCUUCGACAGGACGAGCACCCAAGGUUCUUGCGAGCCUUUCGUCCUUUCGGUGUAAUUUCUCAUUGAAUCAAAUUUGAAUCAAGUUUUAUCUUCUCCCUCUUUCCCUCGAAGUUUCCCUCGGGCGUACGUGCUUAUCGCGCCGGCGAUUUCAGCGAAUGGACAUUCACCUUUUUUUUCCUCGCGUUAAACUUUCACAUCCUUGCCGGGUAGUUGGACAAAAUGUGACACCUCGCACGUACACGUCAUUGACCGAGAAUCAGAAAAAGAGGACAGAAAAACUAUUACGAGAUCAAUCACGUGAACAACGACGUUAACAAUCUCGAUCCCUUGCGCCGGCUUUCAUGCCGUGAUCAGACGCGGGAUGAACGAGUGCGUGAGUGUCUUGGCGGAUCCGUUGAUUCUGUCGUUCGUAGUGCCGGCGUUUCGUUUUGUUUAAAGCGACGCAGCGAAUAUCCGCUCGCGCUCGUUGGCGUCCGAAGGGUGGUAGGACCGCACAGCGACGCCGAACGACGAGAGUCGUCAGCCAAUGUUCGCGUAUGAAAGAAUCCGGUUGCCUGCCCCCGUCUCAUCCUCCUGCUGUGCGUCUGCUGCGAGGGGGGUGGCGCGCGCGAUUCCGGUACUGUAAGCCGAGUGAGCAAAGGGGCAACGGAGAAGACGACGACGACGAGGACGAGGACGACGACGUUACGACGUUAUAACGAGGAGACGCCGUACAGCUGGGACGUGCGACGAGGACAGGCACGAGGAAGCAAGGAACGAGAGAACGAUCGACGAGGAAGACGACGUUUUAGAGGACGAGCGGCAGGAAGGAAGAGGCGUGCAAGAAGAAGGCAGGAAAUGGAAAAGAGCGGAGCGCGAUAGAAGGGGAAGCGACGCGUGCUUAACGCGUCGUUGUGCCUUCCAUCGCGAGACGAGAAUAGUCCUCGCGAGAGCAGGAAGGCGCGAAUACGCACAGCCGGCGGAAUAUCGACGAGCAAAAACGUCGACGGUGGGAAUACAAUUCGGCGAGAGCGACGAUAUAACAGUUUCCGUUUUCGUGCGGCACGCGUAAGCGGACGGUGGCUGAAAUCGCGCAAAUCCUCCCGGCUUGAACGUGCCGCGCAGCUCGUUGGCGAGUGCAUUCCUUCGCUCGUUCGAUACCAGCAGUGACAGCGGUGUGGCUUUCCCCACCCCAGCGAGCAGCCCGAGCGAGUCGAGAUCGCGCGAGUGAUCAGCUGUUCGCUCGUCGGAGCGUGCGAGUCGCGUCGCGCCGACUACCACGGCGACGACGGUCGUCGCGUGAGAAGUCCACGCGGGACGACGUAUUUCGGUGACGUCGCGGCGCGUAUUCCGCGUCGGCGUUCGGAAAACCACCUGUUGACGAUUUACGGGGGGAAAAUCGAAGCGCGCGUGGUCGCCGUCCGCGAUUUCGUAGUGCGUGCUUGUCUGUUCUCGCGCACGUCGGUCAUCGAGGGAUCGACUGCGGACGGAAGUGUCUCGUGCAUCGUUCGCGUCAUGUGCGAUACGACGCAAUAGCGCAUGAGUACUGAUAAGAGAAACGCGUCUCGUUGAUUUCUCCAAUUAAGCAAACAGAGAUUAUAACUUUAGACUAUGUUCGCAAAGUGUGAAUCUGUCGCGGAAAACCCUUUGUGACUGUCUUUCCUUCUCUCUCUCUCUCUCUCUCUCUCUCUCUCUCUGUCUCUGUCUCCCCUCUCCCCCUCCUCUCUCUCGCGAAAAGGCCGCGAAACUACGUCGCACGCUGUCGAGACGCCGUAAACAGCCGCAUUGCUUCGACUGCGUUUUUCGCGGUCGAUGCGCGUUAUCAGCGAUACGUAUCUGUCGCUGUCUGGUUCGCCGCCGACUGUGAGAAUCCGGUGAGUUCAGAGGUCAGGUAAUAGCGGCCGAUACCGCGACAGCGUGUGAAACCACGUCUAAACAAGUGUCACGCUCUCUCGUAAGGGAAAGAGGAUCGGUAACUCGAACGACUCGAGCCGGGUGCAACGAGAAGGAAUCUCUCAAACUGUGCGAAAGACAGACGCGCGACGACAUCGAUACGCUGGUGCGUCGACGGUGAUGAUAGCUAGUCAAAUUGUUAGAAGGGCAUUAUAUUUCACGAACGAUCGAUACCACGGAGAUCGGCACGUACCGAGAACGUGAACAAAGUAUACAAAGGGAUUGAGUGACGUUUAGGACAACGGCGGAAGCACGAACGAAUUAAGCGAAGACUCUUGAAUGCAGUUUGUCGCGCUUUUUCCGGUUCGAGUGGCGUUUAACUGUCAUUCGAUGCCAUCGAGGUAACGGUAUAAUCGAAUCAAACGCGCGAUCGCGUUCGAAGCGGACAAGUGUGUCGGGCACGUUCGUUGAACGUACGUUGUCAUUCGCUAAUGAUCGAACGACAUUGAGUCUUUAAUAACUAUUCACGGUUCGUGAUUACUCGGGAGCGUUAACGACAUCGGCGGAUUAGAGGACAAUCCGGCAAAGGAGCAAGCAACCAGGAAGGAACAGUAUUACGGGACAAAGUGAUAUAAAAAAUGACACUUAAGUUUUAUUAAUAUUUACGUGGUGAGAAAGUUACUUGGACGAGCGUUUCGAAGACAGUUUAUUGCAUUUAUAUAACGCAUAGAAGAAAAAACCUGGAAGGGCAUGGUGGGCCCCCCUCAGCCGGGGCCUCAGGCCCGGGUGGCCUCUCUAUGAAAUGAUAUCUUCCUUCUGUCACGUCGUUUGUGCCACAUUAGACUACCUGGAAUGAUGCAGCAGAAAUUUCUCAAGAGGACGGCCGAGGAGUUGGAGCCAGCCGGUAGUGCUAGUAACGAUGGUGGAUUCGGUGAACCGCCAGUCAAGCUGCAAUGUACGCAGCCGCAGCAUCAGCACCAGCAAGGUCCGGGUGGCGGUGCUGGUGGCGGACCCCAUCACGGUCACGGUCAGCAUCAACCAGGGAAUGGCGCAAAUUCAACGGGUCCCACGACGGGCGGUGGUGCUGGUGGUGCCGCCGGCGCUGGAAACGAAGGUCUGACCAAGUUCCAAGUGGAGAUUGUCCAGCAAUUGGAAUUCACGACCUCGGCGGCAAAUAACUCGCAAGCACAAGCGAUCUCCACAAAUGUGACAGUGAAAGCACUGACAAAUGCGUCGGUGAAAAGCGAUCUUCUAAACGCAUCCGCGUCGCCAAAGCCUGGUGCGGACACACCAGCGUCCGCUGCGUCUAGAAUGCAACCGGGGAACGGCAGCGGUCCAGGUGGACCUGGUGGUCCCGGUGCUGGUGGCGGUACCGGGCCAGGCGGUGGCAAUGCCGCUGGUGGUGGCGGCGGAAUUGGUUGUGUCGAUAUUGGUAACCUAGUAGAGUGCAAGCAAGAACCUGAUACCGAGUUUGUGGACUUGGAACAGUGCGCCGCUGCGUUGGAAAAGGACGCUGCGGCGAACGGCGCUGCCAGCUUCCAAACUGGCUUUACCGAUUCGUUUAUAAACGAUGACACCGGCGACGAGAUCAUCGCGUCCGAUGCAUUCAAGGAUCUUAUUUCCGAAAUCUCGGACUUCCAUCCGGAGUUUAUGAAGGAAUUCGACUUUGAGGACAAGAGCGUUGACACGCUGGCGAACAAUGCGGUAGCUGUGGCGGCGGCUGCCGCUGCAGUUGCUGCUGCUAAUGGUAACAACAACAGCAGUAAUAAUAACGGCCUGCCGACAACGAACAAUGGCCAGAUCAAGAUCGAGGAUGAUAAGGAUGCGAUCCAUCAGCAACAACAGCAGCAGCAGCAACAACAGCAGCAUGCCAAUGGCGCAAACAAUGGCGUUAACGGCGGCAGCAAUAAUGGCAAUGCGAUGCCAGCAAACUCGAGUCCAGGUGCUCUUGGUUCCGCACAGUACUCGCCCGCGCGACUUCCCUAUUCCGGACUGGACUUCAAAUCCGAGAUCACGGCCGCGAAUCCUGCGGCACAGACGCUCAAACACAUGGCCGAGCAGCAUCAACACAAGAGCCAAUUGGGCCUGGCCGGAUUCAAUCCCUCGCCGGCGGCAACAGCGCGAGGCCCUACCGCGAGGUCUCCAUUUGCCGAGUUCUCUCAAUUUGGUGGCGCAUCUGAUUACCUCGGCAGCCCCGGUAGCGCCGGUCCUACCGGUGGGCAGGCCCAAGCCACAGCCGCGGGAACCGGCACGUAUCACAAGAACAAUGGUACGCCGACCUUCCAGAGCCAGCAGACCAACGAUAUGUUUGUGAGUUCGCAAACUCAAUUCGCUGCGGCGGGCCUGGCGGACAUGAAAAGGCCGCAACCGGCUACUACCGGUGGCAAACCCGGUAUGUUGGGACCUAGUGGUUACAAGCAGCAGUACUCGCCGUACGGCAGUCCGGGCUCGAUGCCGAACCAUGGCAGCCCGGGAUUCCCAUUGCCGCCUAGAGGAACUCAAGGAGGCGGACCAAAUCAGACUGGCGCGCAAGGACCAUUCAACACGACCUCUACGCCGCCGAGACCACCAUCAGGACCCGGUACCUCUACGCUGCAGAUUAAUCAGGCGCAGCAACUGCACAUCGGCAACCAGAUACAGGUGUCCACCGGCCAACACAUGCAGCUGACAGGCGAUCUAAAGCCGGUGGUGUCAGUCGCGGCGCAACAGGGCAUGUACUUCAACCAGCAGCAGACGCAGAAUCAGGCUGGACCCGCCGCCAACCAAACUGACACCUACUGCUCGGUCUCCCAGUCCCAAACCAUCAACUUCACUCAGCAAAGCCUGAGGCAAAGGGCGGCGGCCGCGGCCGCGGCCGCCGGUGGGGUACCGCAAUCUGCUGCCCCGGGCCCGGGAGCACGUGGUCAUCCGCAGCAGGUACCACCAGUCCAGGUCGAUCAGCAUCAGCACGCGAAGCUUCUUCAGCAACAACAACUGAUGCGCGCGCAACAGGUGAUGCAACAGCAACAACAUAUGGCAAGUGGAAUGGGGGGUGGAAGGCCACCGCCACCCGAAUACAAGGCCGCAGCCCAAGCGCAAAUGAUGCACGCCAGUAUAGGGAUGAGCCAGCAAGCGAGAUUCGCGAACGCUGGACCUAUGCGCAGAGUUGCGCAACAGCCUAUGCCGCCAUCGGGUCCGAUGAUGAGGCCACAAAUGGCGCAACAGCAGCAGCAGCAGGCGUUACACGCGGCCGGUGGUAAUAUGUACAUGGGCGGCGGCGGAAUGGCCGCCAUCGGCAGUAUGCAUCAGAUGCACCAGCGGCUAGGCUACCCGAGAACCAACAAUCAACGGCCGCCUAACGUCAGCGUCGGCCCUCCGGAUGGCCUUGGGAACAGCAUCGCGGGUCGCGGCCCUCAGCAGGAGUGGCGACACGGACUGAUGUUGCAACAGCAGGGCUUUCAGAUGCGAUCACAAUUCAACCAACAAGGUCACCAAGGUGGCUUCGGCAUGGGUGGCGCGAGCGGCACGAUGCAAAUGACCGCAGCGCAGAUGCAGCAUCAGCAGUUAAUCCGCACACAGAACGGCGGCAUCGCUGGAUCGGGGAUGGCCAAUAGCACGCAAAUGCAGCAACUGUUGACACAGCAACACCAACAACAGACACUGGCCAUGCAGCAGAACAACAAUCAGAUGUCGUUGCAGAUGCAGAUGUCACAGACAACCUCCGUGAAUUCAGUCAACGUCGCCGGAACCGGUUCCCCAUUGCAUCCUCAUCAGCAGUACGGCACCGGUAGCCCGGGAGUGCGCAGUCUACCACCGCCGCAGCAACACGCUCAGCCACCACCGGCCACCGCUACAGACCCGUCCGUGGCAGCCGCCGAUUUCAGCCUCGAAUUCCUAGAGAACCUACCUACGGGAGACACGUCGAAUUUCAGCGCUCAGGAGUUACUUAAUUCUCUCGACUCUACGGCCGGUUUCAAUCUCGACAAUAUUCUAUAAUGGGGCCACGCCUGCCGCAUUGGUCGGUCCGGAUGUUGGUGCACGAUAUGCGAGUGAACUCGAUCGUUUCGAAACUGCGUACUUGGCGUGACGGUAUCGGCGAGUCGCAUCUCGUCGUUUAUUCGUGCGUCAAUCUGCACUCUUACGCUUUAUCACGCAAUGGAAAUAUCUCUCCUACUCGAUUUCACAAUUAUACAAUAAAUUAAUUUACGAAAAUGUUUUUUUCUUUUAAAUAUAAAUUAUUAACUGUGUUAAUUUAACAUCUAAUCUUUUUGGCAUUUCAAGAUACAAAGACAUUUAAGUGAUUUCAGUGGAUUCAGAUGUUUUUCGAGUCUAAAACGGUAUGAUAUGAUGUACAUAAAUAGUCAACAAUCCAGUAAGAGAAAACUAAAAUUGAAACGAAAGAGUUAGUGCGGAUUGGCCACGUAUGCGAUGCCGUUCAUCGCGCGAGUACUCCGUUACGCUUAGAUGGCUGACUGACCAAAUUACCCACCGGCGCGACGGCGUUUCAGAGAAUCGGCCGCAGCGCAUCCUCGGUCGCUGCGCUCUUUCGCGACCGCCAACUGUUCUUCUAGGCAAUCACAUUCUAGUAAAAUUUAAUUUUAUAAUAAUAACUGCGUCGAUGCGAGGGAAAGCUAGCCCACUAGCUAGGGAGACGUGGGAUAUCAAGAGGUACGUGGAAAUCGUUCCAUCAUUCGUUUUCCUAUUCGGCGACAAUCGCGCACUUGGAGAAAAGAGAAAGAAAAGAUACGCGAGGGAACCGCGAUUCCUAUUUUUUCAAGUUCGCCCGCGACUGGCUGCUAUCGAGAACGAUCGAUGAGUCUCCUCCGAGUGCUCGAGUCGACGACACCUACGGUGACCUCGACGGGCACUCCACGGGACGAUUCUCCUCUCUCCUGAUCUCUCACGUCGAGUUCUGCGCGAUUAGAUAGAGAAACUGACACGAGGCAAGGACGAAUUAGGAUUCACCUAGACUAUGAAAACCUAUUCGGCUGUAAAGGAUUCGUUACCUUGCGCCGGCUCGUACAAACGGUUCAGAUUUCUGGACACGCGAGCUCGGCCGGGCGUUAAUUAUUUCACCUUAUAAGGAUAAUAAUGUAAUAGUUAACGGUUAGAGAGUAGCGUAUUUAAUUAUACCGUUAAUGCCGUGUAUAUAUAUAUACAAUUAACAGCAAGUCAAUUAUGGAACAUUCAACUUUGAAUUCGCGCGGCGCGACGCGAGGUCGCGCCGCCUCUCCGAAUUCGAUCGAUCCUGGGAGAUUCUUACGUACGAGAGGAGGAAGGCUGCUUCUUGAGAAAAGUGAAAGAAGCUUCCUAAGCUGCAUCGCUAGCGUUACACGCGAGAUAAGAGAAAAUCUUUUCAUUGUAUAUAGUUAUUGAAAAUUAGAAAAAUUUUAGGCAUUAAGAUCGCACAGUUUAGCGGAGUACAGAUAUAAGGAAACUUAUGAUAUAGAUAAAAAUUACGAUAAUGAUAAUAGUGAUUAAUGACGACGACCGUAAUACGGCGAUGCAAGUGGAGAAACGCGUGCAAGGGAAAAUCAUGCGAGAUUGCGAGAGGGAGAGUGAGCGUGGUGAAAGGUGUGAAACGGAUCAGCGAUAGAGCACAUUUGUCCGAUCGAUGAGUAUAUUUAUUAAGUUUUAAUCCCGAAUGUGCUGUGUCGCGCCACGUCGAAGUUGUACACGAAUUUAAUCACGGUGGGGUAGAUUCCGUUUUCGAUGCGGCGAAUUACUCGUAUUUUCGGAAAAGCAAUCUUUCUCAGAGAAUUGCGCGGAGUGUAUCGUCCAAGAGUACUUCAACUGUUUUUUUUUUUGUUUUUUUAGAUCUGUCAAAAGAUAAUUGUGCUUUCUUUCGGAUUUUUGAGGAAGUCGUGAACGAAAUCGAUCGUUUGUAUGCAGAAUCGUUUAAAUUAUACGUAGUUCGAUGCUACAAGAAAAGGAAUCUGCGACUAUUCUUCCAAAUAGCGAUACAUUCCAUAGAUAACAAAAGGGGUAGCGAUCUGUGGUUCGUCUAAUCAAAAGUACCGUGUUUUUAAAAGGAAAAAAAUUCAGAAAAGAGAGAGAAUAUGUUAAUGUUCAUGUAAUAUAAGAGGAGUAGUUAACGAAUGCCGUGCUUACGCAGCAAGCACAUCCUCGACCGUUCGCCGAAAGUGUGCACGAGGACUUCCGAUCGGAUUUGAUCGCUUAUCGUGAUUCUCCGCUGGAAGUCAGCGGGUCCCGCGCCAAGUGGAUUAGCAAAUAAUAAUAUUAAUAAUAAUCAUUUUUUAAAUUCUCAUUCGGGCGGAGUGACGCUAUCGUCUUAUAAAAUAUUGGGGCCACAAAACACAUAAUCUAAAACAAGAGAGGUAACGGAGGGAACAGCUCUGAUUCUCUCGCGUCAAUGUCUUUGUAAAACGAGAAGAUCGACGAAAAUCGCCAUUUCAUGUUUCUUUGUCGUUUUGUACGUUUCGCAAGAGAGAGUGAGAGAGAGAGAGAGAGAGAGAGGGGAGGGUGAAGAGAGAAAAAAACACGGAUAGGCGGAACUGCGCGUGUCGUAGAAAGAGCAUCAGGGACCAACCAAGAGAGCAAAGAGUGCGUGAUGUCAAUUGUCAUUGUGGAUCGUUGCCUCUCUUCUCGAACCGAUGUCGGGGAUGUCGAUAGCAGUGCCUAAAACGAAAAGAAGAAAAAGAAAGAACCUUGCCCGAGUUUGUUAACCGAGUUAGAAAAUUGGCUGCGACGCCAACGUGUGUACUCAAGGAAAUCUUGACGGGAAAUCUUGCACGUACGCACAAGCCACAUCGCGACGGCGCAUCGUUCAUGAGACCUCGAUUUUUACACUGUCGACAGUCGAUCGUGAAGAGAACACGACAACUGAGGCGAGGGUUGCGACGUAUUAGUUUCUCGUGGGCGAAACGAGGGUUGGUUUGGGGGAGGGGAGGGGAGGGGGGCGGGGCGCAUAUACAUUUAUCUCGUAUAUAUAAUUAUUUAUAAAAACGUAAACCUACAGAUACUUAUAAAAACAUUAUGACACGGGCAUUUCGUAUAUAUGGACUGAAUUCCAUGUUGAAUUUCGAAUUGUUAUUAAUAAAAGCGUUGAGUUCCUAUAAAGGUAUCUCUUCACUUGGACUUGACUCUUCCAAGAUCUCCGCUUCGUUAGCGAUAUCGUUAUCGUGCUAUCGUGCGUUGUCGUUCAACGGAACAUCGAAUAAUGGCCGAACGAAAUGAACAAUUCGAUUCGUUCGCGUUACGCUGGAAAAUCCAGAGACGAUAAACCAUCCGCGGCUUAUCGCACCGUAUCGAUCCGUCCGAAAAUUAAUGCGCGUCGCUUCGGUUGCCCCCCCCCCCCCCCGCGGGAGUUGUUUGCGAUCGGCGUUUCAACAACACGAGAUUUUCCGCGUCUCCAGUUUUCUCAUGUUUCGUUACUGUUUCAUCUAGAUUUCCGAGUUAUCUCGAUUCGAAUUUUGCAUUUUAGUUUUUAUUCUGAUUUCGCGAGCGCGAAAUGAAGCCGAAGUAAUCGCGCGUCUCCGCUUUUGCGAACUUUCACGAGAGCAAUCUCGAAUCUUGCUUCAUUUUAUUUUCCCUCUUUCAUCCUUGACUUGACAAAUUUGCCGUCCUCGAACGAAGAGCCUGGCUGGCCCCUUGCGCGUUUCCAUCUGUGUUACCGUCCUACACUAGGUCGAAUGGCAGCCUAACGUUACCGCUCGUGGGUGGGCCUCGUGGCAGGGAGGAUCAAUAUCACCCCGUGAGGGAGAGAAAACGAGCAGACCGAGAAUGGGAGCAAAGGGGGUAGAAGCUGGCCGCGAUGAGGGAUAAGGAUUACGAGGGCGGCGACGGUAGCGACGGCGGCGGCGGCAGUGGCGGGGGUGGCGGUGGCGGCGAAGGUAAAGGCGGCAGGGGCGAGUGGGGUGGAGAGUGACGGAAGGGGGCUGAAUCGCGCGUACCCCGAAAAUGUCAAUUCGCUGUUCCGGUUUCUCAUGAAAUUACUAUCGUGAUAAGGGUUGACCCCGUUUGAUUUACAACCCCCAUCUCGACAGCAGCUUCUCACUUCGCAGGCGGCGAAGCUCUAAGUCAAAGAGUGCGUUAAGAUGUUUCGUCGUCAUCAUCGUUAUCAUCAAGCCGGCCGAGUGUCCUCCACUUGUUCAUCCUCUUUUAAUUAUAUUACCCGCACGACGACGCGCGUUAGCAAAUCACGCCGAAUUGAGGGACGUUGAAAAAUCCAGUCUCCGAGAAAUAUCCUUGAAAUACACCGUGAGUUGAUUCUCGUGCGACGAGCUGCCGAGGACGACGGCGGUGACGACGACGGUGGCGGCAGGCAUUUCGCGCGAGCUGCGCUCUCAUCGAUCCAAUGCGCGCAAGCGGAACAACGAUCCACUGGCCGACAUCACACUCUCGUAUGUCUCGUAACAAUGCUCUAGAGUAACACACAACGACGGCCGAGUCGCUCACGAGUAUUUAUCGCGCGAAACACGAUACCGAUUACUAUCGAUCUCUGCGAUAAUAACGAUGCGACGUAUGCGCGGAAUCCCCGAAUGAUAUCGCGAACUUGUUUAAACAAGAGCGUUUAAAAGAAAAUACGAUGCCAAAAUCACAUCGCACUCAAGCUCCGAGAAACGAGGAUGAAUCGCACGAUGAAGAGCUUCGUCGGGUGAAUGCUCAUCUCCUCGAUGAUACCCUUCCCUCUUCCUACGCGAUUUUCUUUGCUCGACGAAAGCAGGACUCGAAGAGAGGAUCCUGUCAAGCGACUGUCGUAGACACACCGAGACACAGUCGGCCGAAAGAAAUUUAGAUAUCAAUUAAUCAGCAUGGAAAAUAUUUAGCGGGAUCAGUAUUUCAUACGCGAAACGGUUUUGAUAUGUAUAAAGAGAAAAAAAA